UCAGCUGAUGAGGAAGAGCUGCUGUCCUCCUGGGUGUGCAGAGAGAGUGCAGGGUGGGUAUAUACAGUGAUGACCUCGGAAAGCUCCCCCCUCCUGCAUUACCGCCUCUUCAGUGUGUCCGAUGGAGCCCUCGCCCUCUGUGACGCAGACCCCGCCACCAUGGUGUCCGGUCCUGCGCCCCGCAAGCUGUCCACCUUCUUUGGGGUUGUGGUGCCCACCGUCCUCUCCAUGUUCAGUAUUGUGCUCUUCAUGAGGAUUGGGUUCGUGGUGGGACACGCCGGCUUCUUGCAGUCGCUCCUCAUGCUCGUUGUAGCGUACGCCAUUAUCUGCCUGACCGUGCUGAGCGUCUGCGCUAUCUCCACCAACGGCGCCGUCCAAGGCGGCGGAGCUUACUUUAUGAUCUCCCGCACGCUAGGCCCGGAGUUCGGGGGAAGCAUUGGCCUGAUGUUCUAUUUGGCCAAUGUAUGCGCCUGUGGUGUUUAUGUCCUUGGACUGGUGGAGGCUGUUCUGGAUCUCUUCGGGAAAGACUCAUCUGACCCCACAAACUCCCUGCGCUCCCUCCCCCAGGGAUACGGAUACAACUUCCUAUAUGCCAGCGUUGUGCUCCUGGUCUGUCUCUCGGUUUGUCUGGUGGGAGCGUCCAUUUACUCCCAGGCUGCAUUUUUCAUUUUUAUUCUGGUCACUUUGGUCCUUCUGUCCAUUCUGCUUAGUUUCUUAGCUGUGGGGCCGCUUCACGUGACGAUCCGACAUGGCGGCAAUAUCACCCUGGUGGGGGAGUACACCGGCAUCAACUCUAGCACUCUGCAUGAUAACCUGCAAGCUGACUACUCCCUGGACUACACCACCGGGAACCUCAUGAAUUUUGCCACUGUGUUUGCGGUCAUGUUUAACGGCUGCACCGGCAUCAUGGCGGGAUGUAAUAUGUCCGGCGAACUGAAGCAGCCGAGCCGCGCCAUUCCUAUCGGCACAAUCAUCGCAGUGAUCAUCACGUUCUUUGUCUAUCUGAUACUCUUCAUACUGACGGCGUUUACCUGUGACAGGACGCUGCUAAAAGAAGAUUACGGAUUCUUCCAGCCCAUUAACAUUUGGCCUCCGUUUGUCCUGAUUGGGGUGUACGCCACGUCCCUGUCUGCCUCCAUGAGCACUCUGAUUGGGGCGUCUCGCAUCCUGCACGCUCUCGCCAAGGAUGACUUAUUUGGAAUUCUUCUGGCUCCUGCGAAGCUGGUGUCCAAGGGAGGGAACCCGUGGGGUGCGGUGGUGUACACCUGGGCUCUGGUGCAGCUGGUUCUGUUGGCAGGAAAGCUGAACACCAUUGCUGGGAUAGUCACCGUUUUCUACCUCAUGGCAUACGCAGCGAUAGACCUGGCGUGCCUGGCGCUCGAGUGGGCCUCAGCGCCAAACUUCCGUCCUACGUUCCGCCUCUUCUCCUGGCAUUCCUGCCUGCUGGGCAUCCUGAGCUGCCUGGUGAUGAUGUUUCUCAUUAACCCUGCCUAUGCGUCUGGAAGCAUCGUCCUUCUCCUACUACUGCUGGGAUUCAUUCACUUCAGGAGUGGCAGCAGCAGCUGGGGCUACAUCAGCCAGGCCCUAAUCUUCCACCAGGUCAGAAAAUACCUGCUGCUCCUGGAUGUUCGGAAAGAGCAUGUGAAGUUCUGGCGACCACAGAUUCUUCUCAUGGUGUCUAACCCACGGACCUCCUGUCAGCUCAUUAAGUUCAUCAAUGAUCUGAAGAAAGGAGGACUGUUUGUUAUGGGUCACGUGGAGACCGGGGACCUGGAUACGCUUCCCUCAGACCCAGUUCAGGCCCAUUACAGCUUCUGGCUGAGUCUGGUUGAUAAACUCAAUGUUAAAGCCUUUGUGGAUCUCACCUUGUGCCCAUCUGUCCGUCAGGGGAUACAGCAGCUACUGCGCAUCACCGGCCUAGGAGGGAUGAAACCUAACACGCUGGUCCUUGGAUUCUACGAUGAUGCGAGCCCCGAUGAUUACUUCCUGCAGGACUCGGCCUUUACCCCCGGCCUCUCUCCACAGGACGAUCCAUUUGGUGUUGAUGCCGCCUCUCUGCAGGCCCAUUUCCCGCCUGUCCGAUGUCCAGAAUCUCCUCGCCACGUGAGUCCUACCGAGUACGUGGCCAUGAUCUGUGACGCACUAAAGAUGCAUAAAAACAUUGUCCUGGCGCGUGGAUUCCCCUCGCUGACCAGGCCAGGAAUCUCGGCGUCCAAUCCUGCUGUGUACAUCGAUGUGUGGCCGCUGGACCUGCUGCGCCCCCAGGCUUCGGCAUACGUGGAUGUGUGUAGUUUGUUUUUGCUGCAAAUGGCCUGCAUCCUCAACAUGGCUGCCAUGUGGCGCCGGUACCAGCUCCGUGUCUUUCUGUGUGUGGAGUCCAGGGCAGCCGGGGGCAACGCUGACAGUACUGGCUGGCUAGCCGCCGAAAUGAAAUUCCGCGAGCUGCUAUUCAAGUUGCGCAUUCGAGCCACCAUCCGGGUGGUGGGCUGGGAUACUGUGGCAGCGCUGCGGGGACAGAACGGCAAACUGCCUGGCCUUACACGUGAGCCCAUCUCUGAAGAGUACCUGGGUGCCGCAAACCGCGCAGUCGCAGAGGAAGGCGGUGCAGAGUCCGCUGUGAGGUUCCUUUAUCUUCCGCGGCCUCCGGCUGAUGCCUCCCUCCAUGAGCGCUACUUGGAGGAAUUGGACACUUUGACAGCGGGUCUGGGCCCAACACUUCUGAUUCAUGGGCUGACUCCUGUCACCUGCACUGAGCUAUGAUGGACUUGUGUGUACACAGCGACCCCCUCACAUCCGUCACAGGACACCGAUCUGUCGUAGGGAUAUAUGUAGGUAACACUACUAAAUACUCCCCCUUCCCCACAAGAAUCUUGACAUGCGGCACCUUCUGCUUUUCCUACUCCCUGCAGCAUUUACACACAACACGUCCUCUGCCUCUCUCUGCAAACUACCGAAGCUUGGACCUAUGGUAAAGUGGCGCAUUCCCAGAAUCCCUUGCACAGAACAAUUUUCUUUUGGUUGAAUGAUGCAGUCCUUUCCAGAUAUGUGCGCGUUUCGCCAACAUUAGUCCUUUCCAGAUAUGUGUACGUUUCGCCAACAUUGCAGUCCUUUCUAGAUAUGUGCACGUUUCGCGAACAUUGCAGUCCUUUCCAUAUAUAUGCGCGUUUCUCCAUCUCCUUCCUGUGUUGGUUUCUAAAAGUUAGGUUUUUUUUGCACUUUACACAGAAGUUUUCUGUUUUUGUUUGCUUUCUUAUAGUGUCUUUGUUCUGUUGUAUAAAUUAUUAUUUUUUUUAACAGUUCUUUGAUGAAUGUUGGAACCUUAGAUUUGUCAGCGCCGUCACUGUAAUUUUACCCCUUCACAUAAUAACACUUUUACCCCAUCUUUGCUGUAGGUGCACACCGGCUUCCUCAUGGGACUUUUAUUUGGGGUUAAUUUACUGCCACCUUUCCCCCCCCCAAUCUCGUAAAUUCCUGGUUUGUCAGAUUAACCUUGGCUGUCAUCAGAAAUAAUGGUUGGAGGGUCUUGCUGUAAUUCUGUUUGUGCCUUCGGUUCAUAUCUCAUGUGUCAGCAAACCUCUUGCUUUAUUACCCUGUCCACUUGUCUUCCACCCGUCUUUCUCUGGCAUGUCCCCCCGCCCCACACACACUUCCCAGAAUCCUUUGGUGCUCAGCUGACCUGAUGUUUUAGAUAAUAUUUAAUUUACACUUGAUUUUCUAUCUGCACCUUCGAGAUAAGUGUUCUCGAUCCUCAGCUAUCAAAUUGUUUUACAUUUUUGGGAUUUCAGGCUGGUCGACAUGGUGACACGUUUCGCUGUCUUCCGUUUACACCAUAUGCUGCAUGUGAACAAUUAUUAUUAUGGGGGUAAUUCCAAGUUGAUCGCAGCAGGAAUUUGGUUAGCAG